UUUGGCCUUAGGGCAGCCUGGCGCAUCUAGGCUCUUCUGGCUGACAGAAGUGGGGAGCAGGAGGGGCGCCUCCUAGCCAGUCGCACAGUCUACCGCGGUACGCAGAAGCUGCAGGAGCAGAGCCGGGCAGCCAGGAGGGCUCUCUAGGCCUUGAGCGCGCGCGCCGUGUGGUUCUGGAGUCUGGCCUUAGGUCCCGAUGGGGGAAGGAGAAGCACAAGGGCGCUGAGGUGAGCAGAGCUCGGAGACUCAGCUAGGGCUCAAGUGCAGGCUCCCAUUCUUCUCUCGAGCGGGAGGAGAAUUCCCUUAACCACAUUCACAACCUUGCUUCGGGCACGUUAGCUGGGUCUGCCAGGAGGCCGAGGUGGCCGGCAGCUGUUGCACCAAGAGGGGGCAGCUGCGGAGUUCCAUAACCAUAGCAACCGCAUCAGUACCAAGGCGGCAGUGGCAGCGGCGGCAGGCGGCGGCGGCGGCGGCGGCGGCGGCAGCGGCAGCGAGGGCAGCAUCUGCUUGCUCCUCCUCCAGGCAGCAUCACAGUGGAGACCUGAGACACAGCUCGUUUGCAGGUGCAGUGGACUCCUUGGUCCGCCCACAGUCGCUGCCAGUGUGAAGGUGAGACGAAGAGAGAGGAACCAAAGCUGCAACUGGGCCCUAGGAGGUGAGGAGAGAGCCCUGCAGUAGGAGACAGGUAAUGAACCGGAAAGAUCAUGUCUGAAGUACAAGGAACAGUUGAGUUUUCUGUAGAGCUACAUAAAUUUUAUAAUGUGGAUCUCUUUCAGAGAGGGUAUUACCAGAUCCGAGUGACCUUGAAAAUGUCCACAAGGAUCCCCCACAGACUGAGUGCUUCCAUCGUUGGCCAGUCAGAGAGCAGCAACCUGCAUUCAGCCUGUGUCCAUGAGACUGCUGUGCACAGUCGAGUCUUCCAGAUCUUAUACAGGAAUGAAGAAGUUCCCAUAAAUGACGCCAUGCUCUUCCGGGCUCAUUUCCUCUUAGAUGGUGAGAGGAUAGAAGACGCACUGAGUGAGGUCGGGUUUCAGCUCAAGGUGGACCUGCACUUUGCGGAGAGUGAGCAGCAGCUGAGAGAUGUGACUGGGACACCGGUGACCAGCAGUCGCACACUUGGCCUGCACUUUCACCCCAGGAGAGGUCUGCACCAUCAAGUCCCUGUCAUGUUCGACUACUUCCACCUGUCGGUGAUCUCAGUGACCAUCCAUGCUGCCCUGGUGGCUCUGCAGCAACCUUUGCUCAGUUUCACCCGUCCAGGAAGAGGCUCCUGGUUAGGGAAAGGUGGCCCAGACACAGGACCAGAACAGCCCGUUAUUUCUCUGGAGAACUUGGUCUUCGGAGCUGGAUACUGCAAGCCAACUUCCUCAGAGGGAAGCUUCUACGUCCCCUCAGAGAACUGCAUACAACAUGCCUACAAAUGGCACCGGGACCUCUGUCUGCUGCUCCUCCAUGCCUAUCGGGGCCUCCGACUCUACUUUCUGGUCAUCAUGAGAGACAUUCCUGAGCUGCCCACCAUAGAGCUGGAGGCCCUCGCUGUUGAAGAAACACUCUCUCAACUGUGCUCAGAGUUACAGAUGCUGAAUAACCCGGAGAAGAUAGCUGAGCAGAUCAGUAAGGAUCUUGCCUGGCUGGCCUCCCAUUUGAUGUCUCUGUGGACCCAAUUCUUGGAUACAGUGACUCUGCACUCCCAAGUGACCACUUAUCUCACCCAGGAACACCAUACUUUGAGGGUCCGAAGGUUUUCUGAAGCUUUCUUUUACAAGGAGCACCAAAAACUUGCAGUCUUGACCUUUCAGGAAAACCUGAUACAGAUGCACAGCCAGCUAUCCCUGGACAUCCGGAACUCAGAGUACCUCACCAGCAUGCCCCCACUGCCCGCAGAGUGCCUGGAUAUUGAUGGUGACUGGAACACCCUGCCCGUUAUCUUUGAGGACAGAUAUGUAGACUGCCCUGUCUCAGGACAUAAUUUGAGUGUUUAUCCAAAUUUUGAUGCCCCAGUGACAAGUCCUGCAAUAAUGAAUCUAAAAAGGAAAGAAAAGAACAUUAUAAAUCAAAAAUCACCUUCAAAGAAGGACCUUCCAUUAUCUACUAAAAAAGUACCCCAGUUGGACUCUGAUGAGAAUGUUACUAGUUGUCCAGAGAUGGAAGAGAAUGUCUCCACACAGAAUUCUGUGGAUGUGUGCUCAGAAUCUCAGGUGUAUCUGACCAUUGGUGAAUUUCAAAACAAAGCAGUCAUGCCUAAAGAUGAAUGCUGGACUGACCCAAGGUGUGAUGCUGUGAGAGAUUCAGAUGUGGACAUGCACAGGAGUCCAUGCCGUGAGGAUGGGAAGGCCCCAGAAUUAACCUACAUUGAUGUGAAAUCUAGCCAUAAGAACCAUCCUCGAGCUGAGCCCAUGCAGGGCCCUAGUGUGCAUCAUGAGCACAGGAGGUCUAGGGAAAGCUAUGAUAUUAUUAAGACUCUGCCAAGCAAAGUUAUAGCAGGAAUAAAUCAGAAUAAUGCCAUCAAUGUAAACCAAACAGCUGCCCUUGAUUUCAGGACUCUAGGAAGGGGAGCAGACCAGGAGGAAAAGCCUGUGCUGCUGAGCCUGAAGCUCACCCCUGCUGAGUCCUGUGACCCAUUGAGUACUGCUCUAAGGGAACCAUUAAACACCAUGUCUUCCCUUCAGGACAAUACAGAAGAGCAGGAAGAUCUGUCAGUGCUCUCUGGCAUCAUCAAGAGGUCAGCCUCCAUCAUAUCUGACUCAGGCAUUGAAAGUGAACCAAGCUCUGUUGCCUUGUCUGAGGUCCGAAGCAGGGCCCUGGAGUUACCCAGUGAUCGUGAAGUUUUACACAAAGUGGUUCAAAGGCAUGUCCACCACAGGAACUCUUUAGAGGGUGGUCAUACAGAAAGCAACACCAGUCUGCCCAGUGGCAUUCAGGCUUCUCUUACCUCUAUCAGCUCUUUGCCUUUUGAAGAUGAGGAGCGGGAGCUGGCACUUACUAAGCUAACCAAGUCUGUCUCUGCACCCCAUAUUAGCAGCCCAGAGGAUACUACUGAAGGUGCAGACGCCAUGAAGAACACAGGAGGAUUUUCUGAAGACAUAGGCAUUUCUAACAAGGACAACACUUCACCUGGACACAGUUCUCACUAUUAUCAUGGCUCUAGGGUCCAGGAUAUCAGGGCGGGACAUUCCCUUGCAGAUAUAUCUAUAGAUUCUGACAGACCCCAGGGCCCUGGGUACAUAGACAUCCCCAAAAGUAAAGAGAAUCAGUCUGAUCUUCAAGGACCCUGCAGUCUGGAUGGCAUGGCUGAGAACCCAUCAAUUGUUGAAACCAAAGGUCUUAACUUAAAAAUACCAUGUACUAUAGUGCUUGAAAAUUCUAGAACCAGAUCUUUUCAUAGAGCAGCAAUAGAAACCACAAAAGCCAAACCUAAAGAAUUGAGUGGGGGUAAACACAUACUUGCCAAUAAUAGCAUCUUAGAAGCUGGGGCUGUGUCUCACCACAGGGUGCCUCAAAUCAGUAGUGCCCCAGCUGUUGAAGCUGUCCACUUGAAAUCUACAGGUGUACAAAAUGGUUCAUCAAGUGUUAAUGAUACCAUGGCAUUGAAUAGAAGACAUAAUGCCUCUCUGGAGGUCAAUCAUGAAGCAGGCACUGUGUGCCCCACUGUGACUCACUCUAUUGCCUCCCAAAUGUCACGGAACCAAGAGAUGAAGACAGGAACUUCCUUCUCUGGGUCCCCCUUGAACUCCUCAGAGGUCUUUACUCUGGACAGCCUAAAAGCAGUGGAGGUUGUUAACUUGUCUGUGUCUUGUACUGCCACAUGUCUCCCUUUCUCAUCUGUACCCAAGGAGACCCCUGCCAAGGCUGGACUGUCUUCCAAACAAAGCCUAACCCCCAUUACUCAUCAACCUCUGGGGUCUUUUGGAGUUGUUUCUGCCCAUUCCAGCAACUUGGAGGAAGUCAGUGAAAGGAUGUUCAGUUUUUAUCAGGCCAAAGAAAAGUUUAAAAAAGAACUGAAGAUUGAAGGAUAUCUGUACAGUGACUUAUCUGUACUAGCUUCUGAUAUACCAUAUUUCCCACCAGAGGAAGAGGAAGAAAACUUGGAAGAUGGGAUUCACCUGGUGGUCUGUGUCCAUGGCCUGGAUGGGAGCAGUGCAGACCUACGGCUGGUGAAGACUUUCAUAGAACUGGGACUCCCUGGUGGGAAACUGGACUUUCUAAUGUCUGAAAAGAAUCAGAUGGAUACAUUUGCAGAUUUUGAUACCAUGACGGAUCGAUUAUUGGAUGAGAUCAUUCAACACAUCCAGUUGUACAACCUCUCCAUAUCCAAAAUUAGCUUCAUUGGCCAUUCUCUUGGUAACAUUAUCAUCAGAUCAGUUCUCACCAGGCCCCGGUUCCGGUAUUACCUCAACAAACUCCACACAUUCCUGUCAUUAUCUGGGCCUCACCUGGGGACUCUGUACAACAACAGCACCCUGGUUAGUACAGGCUUGUGGCUCAUGCAAAAGCUGAAGAAAUCUGGCUCCCUUCUGCAGCUGACCUUCAGGGAUAAUGCUGAUUUGCGCAAAUGUUUCCUUUACCAACUUAGCCAAAAAACAGGGUUGCAGUAUUUUAAAAACGUUGUUCUGGUUGCUUCUCCCCAAGACCGGUAUGUGCCAUUUCAUUCAGCCAGGAUCGAAAUGUGUAAAACUGCCCUCAGAGACAGACACACAGGGCCUGUAUAUGCAGAAAUGAUCAACAACCUCCUGGGCCCUCUUGUGGAAGCUAAGGACUGCACUUUGAUCAGACAUAACGUGUUCCAUGCUCUGCCCAACACUGCCAACACUCUGAUUGGCCGUGCAGCUCAUAUAGCUGUGCUGGACUCAGAACUCUUCCUUGAAAAGUUUUUCUUGGUGGCAGGACUCAACUAUUUCAAGUAGUGGCCUCCAAGGAGCAGCCUGGGUGACUGACCAGAUCAGUUCAGUUCUUAGCUAUGUCAUGCUUUUCCAUACCUCUGAAUUCCAGAGUGGAGUAGAAGGAGAUGGAGGGUAUGGGAGGAUGAAGCUUCACUGGGACUGCACACUAGAGACAUUUGUAAUUUAGACACUGGGAAGGUGAACAAACAGUGUAAAAGACAACAAUGUUUUCUUGAAUUUGUUUAGCUGCCUAGAAUCUUAUUCAACAUGUUUCUAGGGACAAUGUGAGAAAAUAAGAUUACCAUUGAUGAGCUCAGCUCUAUAACCAGCCUAGCUCAUGAGAACUGAUCCAGACUAACUAGACUUUUCCCAAUCUGUUACUAGGUCAUAGCUUUAUCAUGUGUUGAUUCAAUUAAGUGCACACAAACAUUUCAGAACUCAGGUUAACUUCUGUGUGGAAGUAGGGCAUCUUCUGUAAAUAGAACUCUUAAUAGAUCAAAAAUACCACCUGUUCAAAAAAUUGUUCUAUACAUGCUCUUAUCUUCUCCAUGUUUUCUAACAAAAUCACAAGGGAAAGUGAUAAAUUCAUCUUUUGUUUUCUAGCAGCAGUAAGUAGGGUGACUUAAGGAAAGGGAAGAUAAAGGUGAUACUGCUGCUAAACACAGGUUUGGUAGAAACAGUAACAGUUGUAGGGAGCAUAUUAAACAAAUUAUUCCACCUACUUCCUUAAACUUUUUCUAUGCAUAGCCUGGUCCACAAAUUGUUUCUGUGAAUGUCUAAUGUCCUGUCUGAAAUGGAGAUGAUUGAGAGAGACUCUGCCUGGCUGAAGGAGGCAGUUGGAUGAAUGUCCUACUGACAUACUUCCAAAGAAAUGGUGUAUUAGCCUUGCAUGCAAGAGCAACUAUUCAAAACCAUUAACAUGGCCAGCUGUUUCUCUUCUCCCUGCAAGGAGAAAGACAUUCCAAGGGAGGCAUGCUGGGUAAAGAACCUCAGGGGAGCUCUAAGAAGGGUGCUGUUAUCUUUCAAUAGUGAUGUCUUCUUGCCUUAGGAAAAUAAAGGGCUAGGAAAGACCACAUUUGUAAAAAUUAAUAGAUAGCAGAGGCAAAAGUGAGAUCAGAUUGGAGAACAAAAGCCAGAAUGAAGACCCAACUUGAAGUGUUAUUGGUAAGUGACUGAUGCAGAAGUUUUGAAAAAAAAAGGAUAUUUAAAAUUGUUCCCAUCUAAGUGUAUUAUGUAGGCUAAAGUCAGAAGGAUGGACAUUUGGCUGUACAGAAGAAAUGCAUGAACCAGAGCAGCAUAGAUGAUCACAACAGAGACAGCCCCCCCUUUGCAGAAGGACCCUGCACAGUAUGGAACCCUGUCUUUCCUGGGCACCUGGACUAGAUUUCCAGGUCACUGAUCCCAUGGAAAGAAUGCUGUAGGAGUCUGGGUGCAUGUAAGAACCAUAAACCCAUACACAUGCAGUAAAUAAAUUCAGACCAUGGGAAAUGAGUUCAGGUCCUUAAUUUGCAAUCAUUAAACAUAUGGGUGGUAUUGUGAGGGGGCUGAAGGCUUUGCAAAUGUUAAUCUCCCUACAGUGGGUUCAGGAUUUCUUUGUGAGUCUUUUCUGUAUUUCUUAAUAUUGUAGUCUUAAUGUAUGCAUUUCUCAUUGGGCAUUUUCCUGAGUUCCUGAGUCAGGGAUACUUUUUCCUAGUCACACAACCCAGGAUCUUCUGACUCACACAAGUGUUGCUGCUUGGUUCAUCUGUAGCAAGUUCUCCUUUCUGGAUAUGUGUGGAGCUCUGCCCUCUGGUCUGAUAUGCUUGUUUCCUGUCAUGUUUCUAAUCCUCAUCAGCAGCAUUUGUCAAUGCUUGGCCAUUUGAAAGACCAUGUAGUACUUAUAAAGCCAGAAUGAGUCAGAUGAUCACUGUCUUUUCCAAUAAUCAGAUGUCAUUUUUAACUUCAAUAUGCAGUCUGGACUAGUGAGAACUAAUGGCAAUAACCAUUCAGCUACAUGGCACACCUAUUUAGGUGUCCUGCUGUACUUGUACACCCUAACUGGCAUCUGAUAAUCCACCAUCAUCAUGUAGAAAGUGUACUCAUGUAUUGUAAAUAAGAGCGUCAAGUAUUGUGUGUCAUGGCUUAUUUGAAAAGGCCUUUUUAUGUCUCUUUAUAUUAAAGUAUAUAUAUACAUAUAUAACAUAUAUCAAUAUACAUAAUAUAUAUGUAUAAUGUAAACAUGGGCAUUCUAUUAUUGGUUAUAAAAACGAUAAACAAAAUGCCUGCCAAGGUAAUGAGCCAGUAUGUUUUCAUCCUCAGGUCUAUUUUUGGGUUUGUUUGUAUGAUUUGUAGUUUCCCCAAACUAGUUAGAAAUAAACACUAAUAAGCUUGAGGUUAUUUGGAAUUUGUUUUUCAUGAACCAAAUAAACUCAAGGAAGGAGAUAGAAAUAUAAAGGCAGUCUUCUAGAGUCAAGUAAUGACCUCAGUGGCAGGCUGAAAUCAGAUGCAGUGCUGAAAAAAUGGGAAAGAGUAGAAGGAGAAACAUAUCCUGUACAUUUCUACAAUUCCAUGACUUUCUGAGCUUCUCUGUGUGCGAGACAGGACCACACAGAUGGGAAGUAUGACUCUUGGGAACCAAAGAGGACCUACCUGUUAUUAUGAUCUUAUCAAAGAAGAGCUGGGCUGAUGCCAUGUGAUGGAACAGGGUGUUGUACAGUUCUGAUUUCUUGGGAAGAUCAAGUAGAUAACCUUUAAAUUGGAACUCUAAGGAGAAGACCAUUCUUCCACAUCCAGCUGUCAUUGCCUUCUGCCAUGACAUCAUUCCCCCACUAAAUACAUCUGUAUCAGGGCCUGCUCUGUGCUGAAAUGCAUUGAUAACUCUGGCAGCUCAUGGCUUAGCAAAAUCAAGUGGUAAUAAAAAUUGAUGGACCUCACAGAUACUGUAGUUCUGCCCAGAGACAGAACUCCAGCUUCCAUCAGAAAAGUACCAACUCUCAGGGAUUCCUCCCCAGGGACACUUUAUGAUGAAGCCUGAACCAAGAAUAGGUCCGGUAAAGGUUUGUUUGAAGUAACCCCGAACAAAGGGAACUGAAUAAGAAAAGAAAUUAAGGGUUGGGGAGAGAUGUGUGUAAAGGACAGCACAAAGAGGAGACAAUGGCUGGUUAAAUGCACAUGGGGAACAUCUGAGCAGCCUUGACAGAAGGAAGUGUGAGAAUUCCGCAUUCAUGCAACAUUGCUUUCAUGCCAGGAAGAAGUUACCACUGUGAUCUCGGAUGCAAAGAGACUCUAAAUAAAAAUGAGAUUCCCAGGUGACUGUCUUGCCCCAUGCUCUUAUAAUACCCCUGUCCCAUGCUGGUUCUAAGAAACCUUGAUGCCCCUCCCCCGAGGUCUUGUGAGAAGUUCAUGGCCAAGCUCUUCCCACCACACAUUUUUGAACUGUCCUUUGAAGGUACAUAGCAAACAUGUCUUCUGCACUUCACAUUGAGAAACCUGAGAAGAAGACAUUAGAUAAGGUUAGAUUCACCUUUGGAUAAUUUUUAAAGAAAUGUAUAUAUAUAUAUAAUAUAUAUAAUAAAAUAUGACCACAUAUACCUCCUCUUCCCAAUUCUUCCUUCAUAACUCUUCCUUCAUAAGUCUCAAAUAAUCUCCUUCCUAACCUCAUGUCUUUUAAAACUAAGUACAGUUAGUAAUACUACCUUGUGUGCCUGGAUAUGUGACCCAUUCACUGAAGCAUGGGAAACCUAUGGUUUUAAAGGAGAAGAAUUCUCCCUUCCCCCAGAAGCUAUCAACUUCUGGUAGCUCCUUGGUGAGGAGUGAGGCCCAGAAAUCAGCUUCCCUGCCUAUGUGUAAGUUUUGCCUGGAUCUAUCUUGUAUAGGCGUUAUGGAAUUUACCAGAGCUGGAGUGAAUACAGGAACAUGAUAACCAUGUCAUAUCCAGAGACAGCAUUUCAUAGCAUUCUUUGUAACCUCCAGUUCUUAUAUUCCUCUUUCCCUGCUUUUCUGCAAUGCUCCUUGAGCCCAGUUAGUGUGCAGUAUUGAUGUAGACGUCCCAUUUCAGCUGAGCACUCAGUCUUUCGUUCUCAGCACUCUGACCAAUUAUGCAUCUCUGCAAUGACUGCUGUUCACUACAAAAGGAAGCUCCCCUGACUGACGUUGAGAGCAGGCCCUGUCUAUGGUUAUAAACACCAAUAUGUAGAAGUCAAAAUGACCAUUAUGACCUCUUAUGCCAUAGGCCUUUGACCAGCAUUGCUGUACUAGAGGUAGAAUUCCUUCCUGUGAAGAAAGCCUAAAAUCCAUCCAGAAACUUGGUCAUUCAGCAUUAUUUAUAUUAUGUACAAAUGAUGUUGGGUGUGAAGUCAAUUAGGUGUGUUCCUUCAUUGUUUUCUUUAAUAUGUUUUUUUUAAUCCAGAGUAGUUAUUUAAUUGGGAAAGACACAAUUUAAAAAAUCAAAACCAGGUUACUCCCAAGUCAUACCUUGUGAGAUUCUACUCUUCUGUGUAAAACACCUACCUAACAAAUAAGUUAGAUGACACUGGAAAAUAUUUUCAUCAACAAAGGUGGUGUCAAAAGUCAUUGUCAGUCAGACAGCUGGAGAAUGGGUGAAGUGGUCCAUUAUUGGCAGAUCAUCUGUGUUGCUCCACCUCUCUGUCUCCAGAGUACCUUUUCUCCUUCUACCUACAAUAUAGUUCCUGAAAUUGUGAUGUCUGUAUUUUCUAUUAUUCUCAUCCCAGGAUAGCAGACAUGUAUUCAUCCAUAGAUCAAGUCCUUUUGAUAAAAGGGCUUGAACCACCACCCCAACUGUCCAGAUAUUCCUCUGAAGAACAAAUCCAGGCCACAAUAUCUUGCCAUUACCUUUGUGUUCUCAAGGCCCUAUAAAUUCAUUAACUCUUGAGAGUCCCAUCACAUUCAUAAUUCUUCCAUACAUACACAUCAUUCCUUGAGGCAAGCAUCACAUGUAAUCUAUUCAUUAAAACCUCAGACUCAAGUCCCUUGCUUGGCACAGAAUGGGGAUGGUGCGUGCGCGCACGCACGUGUGUGUGUGUGUGUGUGUGUGUGUGUGUGUGUGUGUGUGUGUGACUUUGAUUUGAAAGCCCAUUCUUUUUUCUUCAGUUUCUUAUCUCAGUCACAACAACUGAAAUUGAUGCAGGGACAACUCAGGACUCUUGUACGUUGGUCCCAUGAGUUUCUGAAUUCGCGAGCAGUAGCAUCAUGAGAUAAUAAAAUAGAGUUUCCUGUCAUAAAGAAGAGCCUACCUUCUCAUUUAGGAAACAUUUUGAAAAUGAUUACUUAAAAGCAGUUCAGAUAUGGAUUAGACAAAUGAAGCUAGAACAGAGAAUUUGCUAGAUCAAUAAUUUGGAAAUCUGGGGAAAACGUGGAAAUAUUUUGUAGCAAAAGGGUUACUAGGGGCAAUUUUGUAAGAUAGAUUAAGAAACAUUCUAUGUGACUUAAAAGUGACUUGCAGGAUGGCUUGUGAGACAGUCACUUGUCUGAAACUUUUGGCUUGGGCUUUUUAUCAGUUGAAAUACUGACUCCCAAGUGUUUUUACAGUGCACAUUUGGAGGUUAAUUCAGUGUGUGAUUGAUUAGAUUACCAUUUUUCUACUCAGGGUACAUCAUCAGCCAUUAUUAAGAGCUGCAACUUGGACUAGAAUUGCAUCAAACAGCAUUUGGAAGCUGAAAUCUGUUAAUGUCACUCUGAUUCCUUUAUAUUGCUCCCAACUGCAGAGAUUUUAUAAAUGUGUUUUAGCUUAAGGUUAAAUUAUUGCACAUGAAAAAUAAUUUUUCUCAUCUUUCAUAUCCCAAGGAAAUUUAAUAAUAAGGUGCGUCUAGCAUUCUAUGUUUAUAUUUAUAUGUAUACACAUACACAUAUGUGAGGAAAACAUUUGCAUUAUUUUACAUCAUAUAGUUACAAUCAUUUUCUGUUUUGCUAAAAUGUCUAUGACUUUACUUUUAUCCAUUAUUUCCUCAUAACUUAAUCUUGAAUAUAUUUCUUUUACAAGCAUCAUUUAUUUGGUAUUUCCUUGGCUCUGUGCUAAAUCUAGGUGGCUACAGAAAGUACGGGUUAGAAUGCUUCCUUUAAUCUGGUGGGAGAAAAAGAUGUCUGCAAAAGUAGCUUAGACUAGAAUGAACUAGGAGUGCUGGGGGAAGCAAUAAAAAUAAGAUCCUGUGGCUUUAACACUGAACCAUACUCCUAAUAUUGGGCUUUUAUUGCCCUAUGUGGGUCUGGAUACAGACGAAUUAUCCCCAGGAAUUGUCAAAAUGAUGUCAACUAUACCAUUCAGGAAGGAUUGUAGUGCUUCCUUGAGUACAGCCACCAUUAAGACAUUGGUGUCAAGGUAGGAGAUUAUGAGAGAUGAAUGGUGCAUGUCAAAAUCUAACCUGCCAAGGAGCUCUUCAAGAUUGUGACAUACUAUUUGGCUUUGGAUUACUAAGGAAUGCUUCUACUUUUUCCCCAUUUAGCAGAUAAACUAUAGCUCUGCAAGCAAAUAAGAGGCACAUAAUGGCUUUCACAAGCAUGGCCAUGCUUAGACAAGGAACUGCCUUAGACUAAUGUCUUUUGAUAGUAUAGGGUAAGGCUGUGAGAUUAUUUAUUUUAACUUUUAUUUUUUGGCAAUAUUACAUACUUUUAGAUGAUGAAGCAAACUAAGAUAUUUUGUCAUGGUUUGAAAGAAAGGACUUGUAUCAAUAGCCUGAUGCCACUGUGAAUUCUAGCUCAUAUUUACUCUGCUGAAAAAAUAUAUUGUAUUUCCUAAACAUCCUUGCAAAUUGUCUGUGAUACAAAAUCCUUAGUCAUAACAAAGUCAUUUGCACCAAUAAGUUCAGCUAUCUUUCUACCAUUGCUUCCUGGUUGGCAUUUUGUGCAACAUGUGAUGUGUAUAAAUGAUAAACAAAAUAACAAUAAUAAAACACUUUGAUUCUUUUA